AUGGAUUUAAUCAAGACACUCGAUUACCGACUGGUCAGUGACCUCAAGCAGAGCUUGUUGGAUGCCCACUAUGGAGAGUAUGCUCUGCUUCUAGCAGUUAUUCUCAGCUCCUCUUAUGUCUACAAUAGAGGAAUGAACGGGGCAAGGUCCUCUGCCACCGCUGCGACCAGGAACAUUGACGAAAAGAGUCGCGAAAGUGAUGCCAAGAUCAUCAUCCUCUGGGGGUCUCAGUCCGGGACCGCAGAGAGCCUCGCUCAUCGUCUCGCUCGGGAUGCACAGCAGAGGCUAAAGACUGUCACUGUCGUCUGCGACUUGGCCGACUAUGACCCUGCUACAAUCGCAGACGUUGCAGAAUCUGUCAUUGUUGUGUUUAUUGUGUCUACCUACGGAGAAGGUGAUCCAAGUCACAAUGCGAUAGAUUUUGUGUCUCAUGUCACAACGCUUCGCAGUUCACCACUCUCACACUUGCGUUAUGCUGCCUUUGGUUGCGGAAACAGCAACUACCGGUACUUUAACAAAGCCAUCGAUGAUAUAGCAUCAUCCAUGGAUCGAUGUGGUGCCAAAUGUCUCGUUCCCACGGGAAAGGGCGACGAAGCCAGUCGAUCGACCCAGGAGGACUUUCUAGAAUGGAAGGAGGGCUUCUUUUCUUACCUAGUGUCGGAGUACGGCAUGGCAGAUCACAAAGCCGAAUAUCAGCCUACCGUGAACAUUAUAAAGGAAGAACUCGCAUCCGCCAACUCCGGACUUCUGGAUAACAAAUCACUGCCCAGAAAGCAGCAUACGAUAGAAAUUCCCAUUGUCUCCAGGGACAUCGUCGCCACCUAUGACGGACAGGAUCGCUCAUGCAUAGAUCUCAAGCUAGACCUUUCCAGCCACAGCCAGAUCAAAUACCGAACCGGAGACCACAUUGCCAUUUGGCCUUCAAAUCCCUUUGACGAAGUUGAUCGCUUGAUUGGUGUUCUUGGGCUGGAAUCCCAGAAGAUGGAGGGUCUGCGUAUCACAGUCAAAGAUGACAUGGAUGAACUAAAGGUUCCGUCGUUGACAACUAUCCAAGCGCUUGUGUCUCAGCACCUCGACAUCUGUGCGCCAGUUCCCAGAGAGACAAUUCUUACCUUGGCUCGACUGACAUCCAGUGCCAUUGUGAGAACUGAGCUUGAAAAUAUUGGUCGGGAUAGGGAAAUCUACGCAGCGUUCCUCGACCAUCAUCACCUCAACUUAGGGAGACUGCUUGAGCUUAUGAAUAGCCAUGACUCGAGCAACUCUUGGACACAACUCCCACUUGCAUUCAUCAUUGACUUCAUCCCGCCCAUGCAGCCUCGUCUUUAUUCCAUCGCAACCUCUAGCACCGUGGACCCUCGUCGAGUCGGCGUUGUUGUGUCUGUCAAGCCCACUCCAGUUCUCAAGAACCCAGCGGCCCUUAUUUGCGGCGUCACAAGCACAUACCUCUCUAUAAUGGAUCUUCCCACCAUUUCUAACGAUGCCUCUUUGGUUCGUGCCGAAAUCCGCAGGUCCUCUUUCAAGCUUCCCAUCAAUCUAAGCAACCCAGUCAUAAUGGUGGCUGCCGGUACAGGUAUCGCACCAUUUCGUGCUUUUGUACAAGAGCGAGCCCGUUUAGCCUCUAUUGGCCACAAGGUCGGGCCCAUGAUUCUCUUCUCGGGCAGUCAGAAUCGUUCUGAUUCUCUAUAUCAUGACGAGUUCUCCACUCUGGCAACUACGGACGGGGACAGAGCUCUACCAUUGAAGUUUAUUACCGCGUUCUCCCGCCCGAGAGCAGGUGAUAGAAAUAUUCAAAAGAAGACCUACGUGCAGGACCAGGUGCUUGUACAUUCCAACGAGGUUGUUCAGCACCUGGUGGAUACUGAUGGGGCGAUUUACAUCUGCGGAGCCACAACAAUGGCCAAAGCAGUCGGAGAUGUAAUAUUAGAUGUCGUCAUGCAACGCAACUCCUGGUCUAAAGAAGCUGCAGAUAAGUGGAGGCAGAAUAAGAGAAAGACAGCAAGCUGGCACGAGGAUGUUUGGAGCUGA